AUUAUCACAUUUUAUCAUUUUAUUUUUGGAAAUAUUAGACGUAAUAUAUGUUGGAGUCACAUUUUUAACCCGAGAUUAAUUUUUCAAUGUUGGUGGCAAAUAAAAAUCUAUACUUGAAAAUAUAAUUAGAUAAAUUAUAGAUUUCAUGGAAUUCGAAAUUAAUUAAAGAAUUAGUUUUUAAUGAAGAUAUGUGAGCAGUGGUAAUAAUUUGACAUUAUCAGUGAAUACUACUGUGACGAACUUCCUCUAUAGUUACUAAUAUUUUUAACAACGUUUAUCAGUUGAGUUGUAGCUAUCCCCUGAGUUCAAACCUGUCUCUUACUUUUUUUUUGACAUAUUUGUGUUUACAAAUUGAUAGAAAUAUGUUUGGCUCAAGAAUAUACUUUAUUUUUUUUAUAUUAAUACCCGCAAGUAUAACUAGUAUUAGGACUGAUAAAAAAUAUUGUCCGCUACAAGAGAUUUUUGAUACCAAAGAUAAUUCUAGAUGCUUUAUUUUGCACACUGAAAAUUUUGUUAAUCAUUACAAGGAAGAAACCAAAGAUUGGAUCGAUAAGUACUUAAUGGAAUGCUCCAAUGAUUCUUCGAAAAUACAUACUCUGACUAACUUAACAAUAUUAAGAUUGAUUGCUUGUACAAAUUUAGUGCGUAAAAAUGAUCUUAUAAAUAUUUCAUACGUUCAUAAGUAUUAUCAAGAUGAUGAGAAUUACUCGACUUCACGAUCUAUGACUAUCAGAAAAUGUUGUCCUCAAGGGCAGCGAUACAGUACUGAAACUCGAGAAUGCAUGAAUUUCUCUUCAAAUUAUAUAGAUAUGUUUAACAUACUCCGUGACUUUUCUGAUAAAAUUAUUGAUUCUUUAUCAAUAAUUCAAGGUUUUCCAACUUGUAAUUAUAGUUUAAUUAACCACGUCAUUAGUACAAUUGACGAUCGACUUAUUUUUUAUAAUGAUACGUAUCAGGGUCUAACUUUUUCAAAAGCUGGUAAAAAAAAACUAUUUGUGACUGAAAAUAAUUCAUGUUUUGACUUCGGAUCAUCUCCAGAUACACUUGUCGUUAUAACAUGCAACGACGCUGAGUUUUGUGAGCAUAACACUUGUUUGAAAAAAUGUUGCCCAGAAGAUGAAGCCCGGAUCAAUAAUAAAUGCCAAAAACUUUCUUUAUUUCCAUCUUUCAAAAAAAAAUUCCACACUGAGGUAGAAUCAAUUGUCUACAAUGCUCGUUAUAAUUCAACCUUAUCAGACGUUCUAAAAUUCACCGAUUAUAGCCUCAUCGUUGGAUUUGUAUCUUGUAAUGGCAGUAAAAGAACAUAUCCAGUAAUACCAUCAAAAAAUUGGUAUUUUACUUCAAGUGGAUAUGUUUACGUGCCUGAUCAUCAGGUUGCUCGUCAUCACGAUGAAUAUUGCUUGGAAAUGAUAUUCGGAAACAAAUUUUUGGAAGAUGGAUUGUAUCCUAUCAUGUGUGCCAGCAAGCAUAUAAUUGCAUUGAAAAAUGAUCCUGUGCGACCAGAUGGUCCUGUGUUACUAGAUGAUCCAGAUGAUCCUCUUUCAUCAAGAAUUCUUAUCAAAACAAUAGCUGAAACAAUCAGUUGCACGUUUCUGCUACUGACAUUUUUGGUUUAUCUAAGUCUACCAUCUUUACAAAAUAUCCAUGGAAUAACUUUGAUGUGCUAUAUAGGAAGUCUUUUUUUAGCUUUUAGUUCUCAUACAGCUAUUAUUUUCCUGACAAUAUACGAUAACAAGACUCCAGAUUAUUAUUUAGUGGAUUUGCCAGUGUGUAAACCUCUUGGUUACAUAAUGACAGCAUCAUUUCUUGCGGCUUUUUCUUGGCUUAAUGUAAUGUGUUUUGAUAUUUGGUGGACAUUCAGAGGAUACAACGGCGUAGUUUAUAUCAACCGUGAAAGCCUAGGACGCAGAAAGCGUUUCUUACUUUAUUCUUGCUAUGCUUGGGGUCUUCCAUUACUUUCGUCCCUGUUUAUCUUCAUGUUGGAUUCGAAAAAAUUUAUCCCCGACGAAUGGCUUCCUCACCUAGGAGAGACCACAUGUUGGAUUGGAGCACAAAAUGAUAAUAUAGCAAAAGUUAUUUACUUUUAUGGACCACUUACUAUACUCUUGACGAUUAAUGUUAUAUUCUUCAUCCUCACUUUACGUAACUACAAUAGGGUAAAAGCGAGUAUUUUCAAAUUUUUAUCAUUCACGAGCGCUCAAUUAGAUAAAGCUACUAAAACUAAAGUAAGGCUCACCUUGAAGCUAUUCAUUGUUAUGGGCAUUGCUUGGAUUUUUGAAGUAAUUGGAUUCUUCAUUAAAACUUAUAUAAUCAGUUUGGAUUGGCACGUCAUAAUUUUUACUGUGUUUGACAUAAUUAAUUGUCUCCAUGGAAUGUUUAUUUUUGUUUUAUUUGUGGUCAAAACUGAUGUUUAUCGCGCGUUGAUAAAAAAAUUCAGCCGUCAUAGAGCUCAUUUGCGAUUUCAUCGAAGAUCUCAAAAAACUAAUGACUUGAGGAAUCUUUUUAAAAAUUCAAGAUCUAUCAAUUCAACCAGUACGUUAAUAACGUCAACGAUGGAUCAGUUCAAUUAAUGAGCUUUUCAUGAUACUUUUUUAUUUCAUUUAAUUCAAAUAAAUCCAAAACGCUCCGACUUG